CUCUAUUCGUCAAAUAAUAAAUUCAAAGUAACAAUGUUGAAAUAAAAUCACACAUGAGUCAUUUUUCGUUGGAAAUACCAGAUUAUUACCCUCAUUUUAAUUUCCCAUGAAGUACGAUUAACUUAAUUACGUGUAUUCAUACAUCUUCCUCAUUUGUAAUAAUUUGUUCAGGAAAUUCUGCAAUAGACGAUAAUUACGAUGAUCUAUAACUUCUAUUAUUAUGUAUAAGUAUAAUAGGUGACAAAAUAAGAAUAUAAUUGUAAUAGGAAGUAAUUAAUUUUAUUUUAUGAUAGUGUCAUAUUUUAUAUAUAGAAUGUAACUAUUGUUUGGAGGGAAAAACAUCUCGUUAGAGACUUUUAUCGCGCUUGGAUAUUUCACUUAAUGUGUUUCAAAAUUAUAACAAAAGAAUAUAUAAAUAUAGGGCAUGUAAUGCAAAAUAUAUAUAAAUCUGAAUAAGACCGCGAAAUGUUAGUUUUUUUAUUAUCCAUCAUAUCGACUAGUUCAAACACCAAGUUUUGUUCUUUUCUUUAUUUUUUUUCAUUUACAUAUAUAUCUGAAAAAUGUUUAACUUUUUAUAUAUAUCAGUGAUAGUGUGCUUUAUAUUUGAUUGCAUUAAAGCACAAAGUAAUACGAUUGUUUUCGAUGGUACGACUGCGAAUAUCAAUACGGUAACAACUACUAUUACUACAACUCCUGGAUGUAGAUGUGUAGCUGCUGGUACUUGUAAUGGUGGUAAUGAUGGUAAUGAAAUUGAUAUAAGAAUUGUUAACAUGGGUACAAUGUGUUCAGGAGGAUUAGUAUACUGCUGUACAUCAGGAAAUCUAGGUGAUACUAGUUGCGGUUUAAGAAAAAUAGCUCUUACUGCUCAACCAGAAGGAGUAGCCAGUUAUGGUGAAUAUCCUUGGCAAGCAGCUCUCUUAACAUCAAGUAAUUCAUAUAUUGGAUCUGGAGCUCUUAUUAAUGCUAAUCAUGUACUAACUGUGGCUCAUAAAGUAACUCCUUACUUGAAUGGUGGUCUUAAAAUAAGACUUGGCGAAUGGAAUGGACAAAGUACUUCCGAACCUUAUCCAUAUCAAGAGUACAAUGCACAAAAAAUAUUUGUCCAUCCUUCUUAUAAUUCGAAAAAUCUUCAGAACGAUGUAGCAGUUGUUAGAUUAAGCUCAUCUGUACCUAUCUCGAGUAGCCCUAAUAUUAAUACCGUAUGCCUUCCUACUUCAGUACCAAAUGCACCAACAAGAUGUUGGGUUUCCGGUUGGGGAAAGAAUGCAUUUGGUGGUAGUUAUCAGAGUAUACUCAAAGAAGUUGAUGUUCCCAUAGUAAAUCAAAAUAAUUGCGAAACUGCUCUUCGUGGUACUAAAGUGGGACAACUCUUCACGCUCGACAAAACUAGCUUUAUAUGUGCAGGAGGUGAAUCAGGAAAAGAUGCGUGCACGGGAGAUGGAGGUGCACCAUUGGUAUGUCAGUCAGGCAAUCAAUGGCAAAUUAUUGGGAUGGUAGCAUGGGGUAUUGGUUGUGCAAACAGUGGAAUUCCAGGUGUAUAUGUCAAUGUGAUUAAUUAUAUUAAUUGGAUAAAUCAGAAAUUGACUGAGUCAUAAAAUAUUAUUCGUAAGAUAAUAGAUCUAAUAAUAGAUAUGCUAAUUCAUGAGGAUAAAUCGUCUGAUUAAACGACGUUAUUAAACUUCACUCAAUACGUACUACAUUAUAUACUACAAUAAUUUUGUUGUUUUUCCACAUAUCUAUUACUAUCGUUAAUAUAGAUCCUUAUUUCUCAUCAAAAAAUACAGAAGUAAAUAGAAA